CUUCCUCGGUCCUCGCACCCGUGGACAUUUAUAUAAGCCCACUGGGUGUUGGAUCAUUUGCCACACUCAACCACAUUACCCCACUUCUCAAUUUUCCUCGUCUCUUCGGGGACCUUGGCCGUUUCAUAAAAAUUUGAAGCUUGGGGGAACAUAUAGGAGCUUACACAAUGAGGCCAACCUCUUUCAUGCGUUUUUUUCUUGGAGCAUUGGUUGGAUUGAGUGCCUUCUGCAUCAUCAAUGCCGAAGACCCUUAUAGAUAUUUUACAUGGACAGUUACAUACGGAACUAUUUCUCCAUUGGGUGCUAAAUUUCCUCAACAGGGUAUACUUAUUAACGGUCAAUUUCCUGGGCCAACAAUUGAGGCUGUGACUAAUGAUAACAUAGUUGUUGAUGUCAUUAAUAAGUUGGAUGAACCUUUCCUCAUUACAUGGAAUGGUAUUAAGCAGAGGAAGUCCGUAUGGCAAGAUGGAGUUCUAGGAACCAAUUGCCCAAUCCCUCCGAACACCAGCUGGAGAUAUAAGUUUCAGACAAAGGAUCAGAUUGGAACCUUCAGUUACUUCCCUUCAACGAAACUUCAUAGAGCUGCUGGUGGAUUUGGAGGUUUCAAUGUUGCACACAGGUCUGUGAUACCAGUCCCAUAUCCUAUACCCGCUGAAGAGUUUACCGUUCUUGUUGGUGAUUGGUACAAGACUAGCCACAAGGUAUUGCAGAAAAAGUUAGACUCUGGCAUUCCUCUUCCUCUUCCUGAUGCUCUUCUUAUAAAUGGGCUUCAUGGAUCUGCAACCUUCACUGGUCAAAAGGGAAAGACCUACAAACUCAGGAUAUCAAAUGUGGGAAUAGCAACUUCAAUCAACUUUAGGAUUCAGGGUCAUACAAUGACACUUGUUGAAGUUGAAGGAGCUCAUACCUUGCAAGAGGUGUUUGAAUCACUUGACGUUCAUCCAGGCCAAUCCAUAGCGGUUUUAGUUAACUUACACGGUUCCGUCAAAGACUAUUUCAUAGUGGCCUCAACCCGAUUUACAAAACCCAUUUUUACAACCACUGCAAUUCUUCGAUAUGCUGGUUCCAGCAUCAAGGCUGCAGGGCCAUUGCCUAUCGGUCCAACCUAUCACAUUCACUGGUCUAUGAAGCAAGCGAGAACAAUCAGAUUGAAUUUGACAGCAAAUGCAGCCAGGCCUAACCCUCAGGGAUCGUUCCAUUAUGGUACAAUUAAAGUAAUGCGGACACUUAUUUUGGCCAAUUCUGCUGCUAAGAUCGGUGGCAAGCUUCGAUAUGCUGUAAACAAGAUCUCCUAUGUUGAUCCAGAGACCCCCUUGAAGCUGGCUGACUGGUUUAACAUCCCUGGAGUAUUUAACUUAAACACAAUCAAGGACACACCUUCUCCAGGCCCUGCAAGUUUUGGUGCCUCAGUCAUCGGAACUGCACUCCAUGACUUCGUCGAAAUCGUAUUCCAGAACACCGAACCCGCACUUCAAUCUUGGCAUCUUGAUGGAAGUAGCUUCUACGUUGUUGGAUAUGGUUCUGGAAAUUGGACCCCAGAUAUGAGGAGACGCUACAAUUUGGCAGACGCUGUAACAAGACACACAGUUCAGGUCUAUCCUUCUGGUUGGAGUGCUGUGUUGGUGUCUUUGGACAAUAAGGGUAUGUGGAACAUGAGGUCUGCAAUCUGGUCAAGAAGGUACUUGGGUCAGCAAUUGUAUAUCAGAGUUUGGAACGACGAGAAAAGCCUCUACACUGAGAAUGACAUCCCUCAAAAUGCAUUAUUUUGUGGCAAGGCCCAUCGCUGAGAGGAAAAUUGUCUAGUCUUUGAUGUAAUCUUCUGUGUUUUUUCAUUUGAUUUUUUUACGUGGUGGUUCUUAAGGUUCAGUUACGAGGGUGUGACUGUCAAAAAAGGAAUUGGUGAAACAGGCUUAG